AUGGGCCCGCCGGGAGAUCCUGCAGGACUAUCGCCUCCUCUAUCCCUAAAGUCAUCACCAUAUCGGAAAGACCCAAAGUCGGCCUCGGUCACUUUGCGAACUCUCUACAGGACCUCGGCCCAAGAUGGCCAAAUGCCUGAGUUAGAACCGCAUCAAACGACAACAGCCAUCCUACCGACAUCCCCACAUCUUCCUCCGACACCGCCUGGUGCGAGUAAUGGAGAGAUACAUGCUGCUGAAGAUGUGGUCUCUGACGGCACCGUCUUCAGAUCUGCUUUGGUGACGCCAUCAAACCCGAACAGCCCUCCAACGCCUGACAACACUCCACCACGCCAGAGGAAAACUCCCUUCGUAAGACCUUUUUUGGGAAGUCAACCAUCCCCGAGCUCGACUCGCGCCGAAUCGUUCACGACUGCUAGGGAAGAUGUCGGAUCGGAAGAUGGGUUUGAGAUUGCUUCCCAUUAUCAAGGAAACCUCGCGUGGUCGCAGUCGUCUCUGCACAAAGCGAGCCAGCCUACGCAGAGGCUGCGACAUAGUUCUCUGCCACUGUCGCUCUUGCUCUAUACCGAGAACGAUACUCCUGGCGACGAAGCCUACUCGCCGAUAGACCUUUCAUCCAGUUCUAAUCAGAGGGACCGUCAGUUUUUGCUGAACGGAGAUGAGAGUGGAAAUAGACUGCAAUCAAGCCCUCAACCACUCAGCACUUCUACCACACCAAUUGAAUUGAAGAAAGGGCGGACGAUGCCUCGGCAAAGUGACAUCUUAUCGUCGAAGAAGCCUCGCGAUGUCAAAUCUGCCCCUGAGCACCCAUCGGAUGUGCAACAGGAUGGCUUAAACCGAGGAAAAAGUCUUCGCGACAGGCUUCUUGAUGCCCAACACCAGGAUCCUUCGGCCUCCACAGAAAUAUUUGCGAGCAUAAUUGGCUGGAAUGACUCUGUGCCAAAUGAAGACGCCCUGACGAAUACCCAGAACGACAUCCGUGAUAGUGAUAGACGCCUUUCUGGGAUUUCUACUACUUCCACCAUUGAAGCAUACGUCUUCGAGCCCGUCGCCUUACCCAAGCGGAAGAUGAUGUUGCGCCACGUCAACAAACAUGAGUCUUUGAGGUCAGUGAGCUCACCAUUUCCUGCUUCGAAUCGAGACUCUGUGCAGUCCAGUUCAGACUCGCCUCACCGGCUAGUACACAAGAAGGCUUGUCUAAGCAACCAGAAUCGUUGGAGCUUUGGGUCUGAGAUCUCGAGAUCUCACAGUCUGGCAUCUAGUGCUGUUUUGCCAAAGACGGAGGUCAUCCGAGUCGCCGUUAUUCCUGAGCGAAGCUCUUCGUUGCCUGCUUCGAACAGUAGUGGCAGCAAAAAGCCGUCUUUGUCUAAUGGCUCGGCGCGUUCGCAAGCGCGCAAAGUGUCGGAUAAUCCACCAUCAGCUUGGCAACAUAAGAGAACAAUGUCUGAGACGGUAGACCGCGGCAGAAGAACAGAGCAGGCACCUGUAGUACCUCCGCGAAGUUCUUCUCUUUCUGCCCCAACGUCCAGAAGUACAUCCCGAGCCAAUUCGAUUACUUCUGAGAAUCUUCGUGUACGCAGGCAACAAGCAGAAAAAGACCUGAGAAAGACUCUGGAUAGGAUGGAGUCGGAUCGCUUACUGAAAGGUAUGCGUGAUUGGCCAUUGGAACAUAAUGGGGGUGCUUUACACACGCAAGACGGCAGUCAGGUUGACCACGCUUUCGAUCAAGCGGCAGCCACAACGCCAUCACAUUCGCAUGCUUUUCUCAUCCCCUCUACCCAUGAUAGUGAGCUGGAAAACAAUGGUCUAGGCCUGGUUGUCCCUGGUACUUUGGAAUGGGCUGCUUUGCGGCCUACAUCCACCCUGGAAACCCCCUUUUCCCAGCCAUCUUUCAGAUCUACAUCUCCUGAGAUCAACGAGGCGACGGCCAUCAACUUCUUUCCGCACAACAAUCAUUCGCUACAAUUGAUCGAACCGUACUCAGUAGCAGAAUCGAGAGCUGUUCGCGAAGUACAAAAGCAACGUCUACCGCAUGCCGAAGUGGACUCCCCUCUUCGGAAUCCCAGGAGCCCCCCUGAGCCUCCUCAAGUCAAGGUGAUACCGCCAACACCAGGCGACGAGUCCGAAAAGCGACUUGCCAUUGAUGGAGUUUCCUCCGAACGUGCAACGGGACUACAAUGGCCUGGCACUUACCGCCGCUCGGAUUCUUGGAUAAACACACUCUCACGAGGGCUGAGCUUGAAGAAUGCUCGCAACAGGAAAGCGGAUCAAGAUCUCGAUAGCCAACUGAAUCCAUUUUGGCGUCCGCGAGCAUUUUGGGAUGACAUAGACCAUUAUCGAUUGGAACUAGAACAACAACAUUCACGCCAGAUCGGCGUGGUCAACAACUCUCUCGGACUGCCACAAGAAAAAACCAUUGUUACAGGCCCAGUUUCUCUUGUUCGACGGAUAUCUGAGCGUCGCCGGCAAAAGAGGGGCCUAAUCAAACAGACCAGCCACGGCAGCCUUGCGCGCAUUCGAGCUACGCGCCAGUUCUAUGCGUCUUCAGGGUUGAGUAUGAGAUUUCACCUCGCUGGGAUCAAGAACAUUCAAGAACGAAUACUAAGAGCUCGGCAAAGGAAGGAAGAUGGCCGGCGAGAAAAGAGAAGAGCCGAUCUUCGACGAAGCAUUGGGCCCAAUGUGGUCAUGCAGGGAGAUUCGAGGUUUCCGGCGAGCAACACGCGUUUAUGA